CGGCCGUGGCGUGUGGUGAGCGCGGCGGUCGCUGCUCAGCCCGCUCAGCCCCGCUGGCUGGCGCUGCCUCAGUGUGAGGGCUGACAGUGCCGGGGCGGGAUGGAGGAGGAGUUACGGUGUGGACACUGUGGCGGCUACUACCACGUGCCGGUUUUGUUGGCGUGCCGCCACGCCAUGUGCCUGGCGUGUGCGAGGGAGCUGCAGAAACCCGCGGCGGGAAACACGCGGGUGGAGGAGGACGGCGGUGGCGGGGCGGGGCCCGAGGAGGGCGGCGGAGAAGGUGCCGAGGUGGACAAGCUGUCGGUGCUGAGCGACGCGGACUCCGGGGUGUCCUGCUCCUCCCGUCCCGCCAGCCUGGUGGGCGGCGACCCCCCGCCGCCCCCGCCCGUAUACACCGUCACCUGCCCUCUAUGCAGCGCCGCCACGCCCAUGGACGACGCGGGGGCGGCUGGCCUGCCCAGGUACCGUGUGCUGGCCGCCGUGGUGGACAAGCACCUGGAGCGCUACCAGGUGGCGGAGCCCUGUCAGCUGUGUGACGGCCAGGGGGCGCCGCGCCCCGCACAGCUCUUCUGUGACCAGUGCCUGGUGUUUUACUGCGGGCCGUGUCGAGACGCGUGCCAUCCCGCCAGGGGCCCGCUGGCAGCUCACUGGUUGGUAAGCGUGAGCGAGGGGCGCGCCCUGCUGCGGGCGCGGCGGCGGGAGCGGGAGGGGCGUUGCGGCCACCACCCUGGCGAGCACGUGUCCAUGUACUGCCUCACCUGCCGCCUGCCCGUGUGCGUGCUGUGCCUGCACCACGGCCGCCACCACGCCCACGACGUGCACGCCCUUAACGCCGUCACCAAGGCGCGCAAGACGGAGUUGUCCCAGGCCCUGCAGCAGCUGUCAGAGAAGGCGAGGGCAGCCACAGACUACAUUCACACGCUCAAAACCAUGGCGGAGGAUGUGCAGGGCCGGUGCCGCGAGGUGGAGGGCGUGAUGGUGGCGCAGAUAGACGCCCUGGUGGAGGCGCUGCAGCAGAGGCGCGGGGACCUUAUCAACUGGGUGCGCAGACAGCGGGACGCCAAGGUGCACGCUCUGAGGGAACAGGUGACUGACUACACCCACACCCUGCAAUCCACCACUGCCACCAUCCACUUCUGUAUUGAGGCCCUGAAGGAGUCUGACCCCGCCUCAUUCAUGGAGGCGCAGGAGGUGCUGGAGGAGCGAGUGGUGGGCAUGGGGAGGGACUGGGAACACAACAUGGUGCCAGAGCCCAGAGUGGCACCAACCUUCAACCUGACACUGGAUGACAAGACUCUCCUAGCAGCCAUCCAGCAGCUUACCUUCAUCCAACAUAAACCACCAGGCACCCCUUCCAUGAUACCAGAGGAGUGCAGCGCAGAAAACAACAGUGUCACCAUCGCCUGGGCACCUCACCCCACCUCCCUCGUCACCGGCUACACCCUGCAGAUAGAUGACGGAUCCAAUGGCCCCUUUAGGGAGGUGUACACAGGAGAGGAGCGCGUGUGUACCAUUGAUGGCCUACACUUCGACUCCAUCUACCGAGCACGUGUCCGAGCGUUCAACAACACUGGUACUUCAGCCUUCUGUGAGCCGUUGUGCCUGCAGACUGCCCAAGUGGCCUGGUUCACCCUGGAGAGCAACCACCCCGACAUCACCCUGGGGGAGGGGGGCUGCACCAUCGCAUGUGACUCCUACGAGCACCGUGUGGCCCUGGGUUCUGUGGGGCUCUCCAGGGGCACUCACUACUGGGAGUUCAAGAUUGAGAGAUACGAUGGAAAUGCUGAUAUCGCCUUUGGCCUCGCACGUGGUGAUGUGUGUCGGGAGGUCAUACUGGGCAAGUGUGGGGGCAGCUGGAGCAUGUACAUAGACAGCGAGAGGUCCUGGCUGAUGCACCACGGAGAACACUUCAACAGGACAGCAGGCGGUGUGAGGGCGGGAGACGUGGUGGGGGUCCUGCUCAACCUCACAGAACGCACCCUUAACUUCUAUGUUGGUGGAGACUUGCAGGGCACCAUAUCUUUGGCUGGAGUGACAGGCGUCCUGCAUCCCGCCAUCAGUCUGAACCGCAGUGUUGUGUUGACUUCCCGCAGCGGCCUGCACCCCCCGAAGCAGUGCCUGGCUGCUGCCGUCGACCCUGUCACCUAGGUGCACACACACCCACACCAGUGUGCAUUUAGCUAACAUCACAUACAUAUAUAGACAUAUGCAUACACACACUUGUUCGGUUUGGUCAUACCCACACACACAUGAAUACAUUUAUACACACACACACACACACACACUCAUACGCAGGACAGAGGCAGCUGUAUGUAAGUUUAUGUGUUUAUGUGUGUAUGUAUAUGUGUGUGUGUGUGUGUGUGUGUGUGUGUGUGUGUGUGUGU